UCCCCCCCAAAAUAACGACCCCCUCAUGUCUCCGCUCCGCGCGACUCCCCACAUAUAGUACACACAUAUAUACACACACACUUCCUCAUCUGUCAGCCUCAUACGCGUCCUCCAGUCUCAGGGAGAAGCGCAUGCGUGUGAGCGGACAGUUUCACGCAGGAGGCGCUGCUGAGCGAGUGGGACAUCCGUGUGGGACCUUCGAGUAGCGACAAGUAAAUAAGGCGCAUCCCGCCGACUGACUUCUCAACUCGCGCCUCUCAGGGGCCACUUUGGGCUGAACCACCCUUGUUGUGGGGGGAAGCGGGUGCAGAAGCGGAGCAACGCCUGAGGUAGGAGCGCCCCUUGAAGUUAGAGCACCCCCUGAGGCCACACAAUGGCGCAGUGGAACCAAUUGCAGCAGCUGGACACCAGAUACUUGGAGCAGUUACACCAGCUCUAUAGUGACAGCUUUCCAAUGGAGCUUCGGCAGUUCCUUGCCCCGUGGAUUGAGAGCCAAGACUGGGCAUUUGCGGCCAGUAAGGAGUCUCAUGCCACAUUGGUGUUUCACAAUCUCCUGGGGGAGAUAGACCAGCAAUACAGCCGAUUUCUGCAGGAAUCCAAUGUACUUUAUCAACACAACCUGCGACGGAUUAAACAGUUCUUGCAGAGUACAUAUUUGGAGAAACCCAUGGAGAUUGCUCGAAUCGUGGCCAGGUGCCUGUGGGAAGAAGGGCGACUUCUCCAAACGGCUGUGGCUGCUGCACAGCAAGGUGGGCCGGCGUCACACCCCAAUGCAGCCGUGAUCACUGAAAAGCAGCAGAUGCUGGAGCAACAUUUACAGGACGUGCGGAAAAAAGUUCAGGACCUUGAGCAGAAGAUGAAAGUUGUUGAGAACCUUCAGGAUGACUUUGAUUUCAACUACAAAACUUUAAAAAGCCAAAGUGACCUUUCUGAGCUGAAUGGCAACAAUCAGUCGGUCACAAGGCAGAAGAUGCAACAGUUGGAGCAGAUGCUGACGGCAUUGGAUCAGCUGAGAAGAACUAUUAUUAGUGAUCUUGCGAGUCUCCUGUCAGCCAUGGAAUAUGUUCAGAAGAAUCUGACUGACGAAGAGCUUGCUGAUUGGAAGAGAAGGCAGCAAAUAGCCUGCAUCGGUGGACCCCCAAAUAUUUGCCUUGAUCGUCUUGAAAACUGGAUAACUUCCCUGGCAGAGUCCCAGCUACAGACACGGCAGCAGAUCAGAAAACUAGAGGAGCUACAGCAGAAAGUUUCCUAUAAGGGGGACCCCAUUGUUCAGCACCGACCCAUGCUGGAGGAGAGAAUUGUGGAAUUAUUUCGAAAUCUCAUGAAAAGUGCGUUUGUAGUGGAGAGGCAGCCGUGCAUGCCCAUGCAUCCUGACCGACCCCUUGUUAUCAAGACUGGAGUACAGUUUACUAACAAAGUCAGGCUGCUGGUAAAGUUCCCGGAGCUGAAUUACCAACUGAAAAUUAAAGUUUGCAUUGACAAGGAUUCGGGUGAAGGUGCUGCACUUAGAGGUUCCCGCAAGUUCAACAUCCUUGGUACAAACACCAAAGUUAUGAACAUGGAGGAAUCAAAUAACGGGAGCCUGUCUGCUGAGUUCAAACACUUGACUCUGAGAGAGCAGCGAUGUGGCAAUGGGGGAAGAGCAAACUGUGAUGCCUCCCUUAUAGUGACAGAAGAACUUCAUCUAAUCACAUUUGAAACUGAAGUUUAUCACCAGGGACUGAAGAUUGACCUGGAGACUCAUUCCCUGCCUGUUGUGGUGAUUUCUAAUAUCUGUCAGAUGCCCAAUGCUUGGGCCUCUAUCCUGUGGUACAACAUGCUGACCAACAACCCAAAGAAUGUUAAUUUCUUUACCAAGCCCCCGAUUGGCACUUGGGAUCAGGUGGCAGAGGUGCUGAGCUGGCAGUUUUCCUCCACCACAAAACGUGGCCUAAGUAUUGAGCAACUAACCACACUGGCAGAGAAACUGUUGGGUCCGGGAGUCAACUAUUCCGGAUGCCAAAUCACCUGGGCCAAGUUCUGUAAAGAAAAUAUGGCUGGCAAAGGGUUUUCCUUCUGGGUUUGGCUGGACAACCUCAUUGACCUUGUGAAGAAAUAUAUGCUGGCACUUUGGAAUGAAGGGUAUAUUAUCGGCUUCAUCAGCAAAGAGCGUGAGCGAGCUCUUCUGAGUCCCAAACCCCCAGGAACCUUCCUGCUGAGGUUCAGUGAAAGCAGCAAGGAGGGAGGCAUCACCUUCACCUGGGUAGAGAAGGACAUCAGUGGUAAGACUCAGAUUCAAUCAGUGGAACCCUACACCAAGCAACAACUGAACAGCAUGUCAUUUGCUGAAAUUAUUAUGGGAUAUAAAAUCAUGGACGCUACCAAUAUCCUGGUGUCCCCUUUGGUUUACCUGUAUCCUGAUAUUCCUAAAGAGGAAGCCUUUGGAAAAUACUGCCGCCCAGAGAGCCAGGAGCACCAGGAGCCCACAGACCCAGGUAGCACUGCUCCAUAUCUGAGGACCAUGUUCAUCUGCGUUACCCCGACUACAUGCACACUGGAUUUGCCAAUGUCUCCAGGGACUUUUGAUUCUGUGAUGCAGUUUCCAGGGGAAGGGGCAGAAUCCGGCAAUGGAAACCAGUUUGAGACCCUCACAUUUGAUGUGGAUCUACCGUCUGAAUGUGCAGCUUCUCCCAUGUGACCUGCCACUUCUCUUCCACCCUCCAAUGUUUCUCCACUGUCAACUAAAUCACACAAUGAAAUUCUACCCUUCUUGCACAACAGGGAGGCUCAUAUUAGGUUAUCAUGUAUAUUGCCUUUUCCAACCUCCACUUGGACUUGCUGCCAAAAGUAAACAAUGGCAGCCAUUUUUAUGUUAGCUACACUGAUUGCUGCAUGGGGGACCUGCAAUACAUUGUACCACAGUCUACAGCACUCUGUAUACAGUGCCUUGAAUAUAUACACCAAUUCCCUCAGUUUAACCAGCAGCACACACUCCUACACUGAAAAGCUGUCUGCAAUAUGUUUUAUUUUAAAGCAUUGGACACGGAAUCUCUGUUGGGUUAAUAACAGGUCUGCCAUUUACCUUUGUGUUCUUUUCAUUUAGAUUGUUGCCCUGCAGAAAGAUGGCAUUGCAUUGACACUUACUGUUUUUUAAACAGACUGAAACUGGUUCUUUUGCAUUAUUUUCCUUAUUUUUCAUCACUCAUAUUUCCUUUUAUUCUGUCAAAAUUCCCAGUCCCUGCUGAAGUAGCUAAUAGUCAAUCAAAGAGCUCUGCAUAAGACUGCAAAAAGAACCAUGUAAAAGCACAGCGUUUUUUUGCUCAAUGACAUCAUAGUAACAUAGUAAGUCAGGUUGAUAAAAGACACAAGUCCACUGAGUUCUACUUUUCUGUCUAUAUAAACAUCUGCCUAUCUGAUCCAGAAGAAGCAAAAAAAAACCCCACCUGAAGCCUCUCCGAUUUGUUUCAGAGGGGGAAAAAAGUCCUUCCUAAAUCCAAGGUGCAAUCAGACCAGUCCCUGUAUCCACUAUUUUCAUUCACCCUGAAUUAUCUCCUGUAUCUGCCAGUACGACUGAUUCAGGGAGAGUAUCCCACAACUUCACAGUUCUCACUGUUACAACCUUUCAGAAUAUUUAUGGAACCUCAUUUCCUCUUAUUGGAAUUGGUGUCCUCAUAUGAGCUGGAAGGAUCUACUGAUUGAUUAUUAUAUGGUCCCCUUAUAUAGGACUAUAAAUAGUUAUCCUAUCCCCCAUAAAUGAGACUUUCCAUACUUUUUACCAGUAUAGUUGUCCUUCUUUGGAUGUGCUUAGUGGUGGGUAUACUUAUGGGAUCUAUUAGUAAAAUUGUUUUGUGGUCAAAGAAGACCAAGAUAGUUCUGGCAAUACAAGUGGCACAAAUCUAACACUGGCCACACCACAAAAAGAUGCCAUAGCUACAGUGACAUUUGGUGGUGGUAGUGUUGGGCUUUCAGCUACUUGUUAUGGGGCAUCUUCACAACCAAAUGUCAGUGUAGGAUUACCGUAUAUACUUGAGUAUAAGCCGAGUUUUUCAGCCACCAAAAUAUGCUGAAAAACUCUACCUCGGCUUAUACUCGGGUCAAGUGCAAAAAACGGUCGCCGGCGUCUAAGAAUAGUCGCCGGCGUCCAAGAAUAGUCGCCGGCGUCCAAGAAUAGUCGCCGGCGUCCAAGAAUAGUCUCCAAGAAUAUUUGCCGGCAUCCAAGAAUGGUCGCUGGCAUCCAAAAACGAGAUGCUGGCACCUCCAAUGGGAGCAGAAACCCUAAAUUUUUUUAUUGAAACUUACCAAAAACUGCUGCUUUUCUCACCCUAGGCUUAUACUCGAGUCAAUAAACUUUCCCAGUUUUUGGAGGUAAAAUUAGGUACCACGGCUUAUACUCGGGACGGCUUAUACUCGAGUAUAUACGGUAGUUAUCCAGUACAUUGAGAGAGUCUAGAGGUAUUUUUCAAAGCACUGGAUCUCUCAUAGUGUGCUAAUGGGAAAUACAUUGUACAAAAAUAAUUGCAUUUGAAAUUAAGCUUAACCCACAGAACAAAACUAGCAGCACAAAUGCAUGCCGCAUUGGGAAUGGUACCACUAUUUAUUUCAGUGACCUGGAUUGGUGCGCUCGCUGGUCACAUGAUUGUCACUGACUACCAUGAUUGCAAGCAACAAUCACCUGACCUGCAGGUACACUGGUUAAUGGCAGUGCCUUUAAUGACCCUGAGGUGAGAUAAUACUGUUUCACUAAUUGCUUUGGCAAUGAAAACUUUUAGGAAUUAAUCAAAUUUGUAUUUUUUUUAAAUGCUAACCCACAAGCCCUCAUUGAGCAACAGCAAUUGCCGAUUUGUGCUGGUCCUAUUGACAUUCAUCUUUUAUUGUAUUUGCUUAUGUCUCUUAUGUGGUUCCUUGUUAUUGUUAAGAAAUACAAACCUUUUUAUUGUCACAUUAAACUGACCUUUGUACACA